CUUACUGGAUGGCACGAUGCGCGAUGCCUGAGCUGAGCAGUAACGGUGAGUCAUCAGCUCCCAUUGAGAGGUGGAACAACUUGUGGAGAUAAAGGAGAAAAAAGACGAUACGUGUACUAUAUAAGUGAGGAAAUAAGGACACACCUUGAGAGCAGCGAGAUAAAGGAGAAAAAAGACGAUACGUGUACUAUAUAAGUGAGGAAAUAAGGACACACCUUGAGAGCAGCGAGGCCACCCACGGAAGCCACAGCGGGCAAGACGGCGAGGGACAGUGUAGCCUGGGCGAGUGGCGUCAUUGUCAUCAACACCGCUACCAGGCACCACGACGCACUGGCUGGCCGCAUCCUGUAGACUAACACGAGGGUCUGACGUUUGGUGCUCGCCGGCUUCCCUCACCAUAGGAGGCUGACUCUUGGUGACGUCGCCAUGGCCCGCUGCUGCCAACCGUCGUCUCCCCCUCUACUGCUGUCACUUCUGCUAUUUUCUGCAGUUGCGGUGUCGCGGGCACAGUAUCCAGAAGACUUCGGGUUGGAACGCACGUCGAAUCCUGUGUCCAUCAGCAGACUGGAGGUGAUGUGCGGCAAGGACCACCUCACUGUACAGCUCGCCUUCACCGCGCCAUUCAGAGGCAUCGUGUUUUCCAAGGGGCAAUAUGGCCAGCCCAACUGCAUGUAUGUGGAGCCUAACAUUGGUGGGACGCAGUACGAGUUUCAGAUUCACUACGAUGGUUGCGGCACCAAACCAGAUAUGGGCGGCAAGUUCUACGAAAACACCAUUAUCGUCCAGUAUGACCCAGACCUGAUUGAGGUGUGGGACGAGGCCAAACGACUACGUUGCGAGUGGUACAACGACUACGAGAAGACGGCUAGCAAACCUCCUAUGAAGAUCGCUGAUUUAGAGGUAGUGGAACUCAACUUUCGAGGAGACAACGUGGACUGCUGGAUGGAAAUACAGGACGGGAAGGGACCCUGGGCAUCCCCCGUAACAGGCAUCGUCCCCCUGGGCUCCACCCUUACCAUGGUGGUGGCCAUCAACGAUCAAGCAGGUGAGUUUGACAUGCGAGUGACAUCGUGCGAGGCGUCAGAUGGGUCCAGCCGUCCUAUCUACCUGAGUGACCAGCACGGCUGCAUUCUCCGCCCAAAAAUGAUAUCCAACUUCAUGAAGCUUCGUAACAACGACGGCAGAGCCACUGUGCUCACCUACGCCCACUUUCAUGCCUUCAAGUUCCCAGAUUCUAUGGCAGUACAUCUGAGGUGCAAAGUUGAGAUUUGCCGUUACGGCUGUCCUGACCACUGCCAGAAGCCCAUAGCCGGAAAUCCCAUUGGUGAUUACAGUGGGCAGGCAUUACCACUACAGGAUAAUAAUGCUUACGCUUUCGCAUCAGAGGUUGACCCAAAAUACGCGGCACCACCAGAAGAGAUUGUCAGCCGUAACCCAGGAGAAAAACAAGAGAUACAGCCUCCACGCUCCCGUCACGUGUCUGGUGGCAGUCCGCAAAGCCUUGAUGAAAUGGCGAUGAAAAACCAAUAUCGCAAAAGUCCGCUCAUCAUUCCUGAUGAACGAUCCGCUCAGAAACAAGACAGUGGGAGGAUCGAGAUGCAUCCUUGGGGUCCCAGGAAUCUCCGCCGCCGUCGAGAAGUUGUCAACCGCCACGUACGUUCCUCCAACAUCGGCGUCUCUACCAAUUACCAGGUAAUAUCUGAAGCCGACUUGGAAUUCACACCGGCGAUGGACGAUAGCGUGACAGUGUUCAAGGGCCACCCUGAAGAUAUGGUAUAUGGUGUGUGCCUCCCAGCUCCUGGCUUCUCUGCUCUGUUUGUACUAGUGGCCAUGUGCACAGUAAUAUCUGUAUUGGUGGCUGGGUUCAUGUGCCACCACCGCCAGCUUCAGAAGGACACCACGGAAUCUCCAGCCACGCCCCAUCCCCACCAUCAAAUGUUUAGCAUGGUUCAGUUCCUGCGGGGACACCUACCGGGCUAUUCUCAAUGAAGUGGCGCCACCACCGUCUAACACCUUACCUGCUGCCAUUACAGUGACCACUAGCCGCUUCAAGGGAUCUAUGUAUUUUUUCUCUUUUUAGCUAUGUGCAAUAACAGAGCUAUACUAUAUACUUGCUGUGGCUUAUGAUUGUCAACUCUAAAUGAAAGCAGCAGAGGUUUAGAAUGUGGCUGAAGCACGCCCUUCCAUUUCUGUCUCCACUGUUUGUCGUAAUUUAUAGUUACUCUUUUGAGGUGGACAGAACAGACCACACUCUUUGUUUUGUACGCCUGCCCUGCUCAAUGCUAGACAUUGCUUGUCUUGUACACCGUCCAUUAUCAUGUGACAUUGUAAAAAAAUUUGCAUAAGUGUAAGCAAGUUAGAAAAAGAUCGCAGUUAUAUUAUCACUGUUUUAGAUAAGCGACAAAGUACAUCAAUACAAAGUGAAUGUCAUGACUUUGUAUUAGGCUUGGACUCUUCACUGUUGCCUAAGAAACAUGGGGGUGCUGUUGAAUAGGAAACGCCAUUACAAAUCAUCUCUCUGAAUUUACUAUUUCCUUUCAGUAUUACAAUGUACCCAGAGGAAUUUCCUUCAGAACUUUGGUUUGUGGAGGACGUUAACUUUUGUUCAUCAUAGUUUCUCUUUGUUAUUUUCCUUUUCUUCUAUCUCUGGGCUCAAACUGAAAGCCAUAUGUCUGAGGCUGACUUAUUUUAAGUAGCGCAAGUUUAUAAAUAAUUAUUGCAGUUUUUCUUUCUAUGCACUAUAUAUAUUUAUUUUCGUGCGAGAAAUGUUUCAAGGAGAAUUCUCACCUAAUGGGAUCGAACUAAUGCCUUCCCUUGUCAAUAAUCUCGUACCUUUCCCUUCCGGACACAGUUGUGGGUAUGAACCUUUCUGUCCCGCCCGUUAAGUCACGCAGUGUUUAGACAGAACUGUCCCAGCUGCUGCUUGGGCCAAACUCCUACCCCCAGUGAUUUAAAGCACGAUCUUUGGUCUGAACAGAGUAGUAUGUUGCCAAGUGAAGGGCUGCGUAGCGCCUUGUAGGUACCAUGGAUAGGCUUCUCUUAGGUUUCCUAUUUUUUUUCGAAAAUCAUUUAGCACUAUUGCACUCAUCAUUAAUUAAUCGUCAUAGAGACAGAAGCAUGUGUAUGCAGUGGAGGAAAAAUAUUAAUAUGCAAGGUGGUCACAUCCCUUCAGGAUUUUUUGUUUCAUUAUGAAUACAAAUACAUCUACCUCAUUGAGUAUUUUCUGAGGCAGAGAUCCCAACUUAACCAAAAAAUUCCAUCCAUACACAUAUGUAAACAUUCUUCUGUCAGUGCAAUUUGGUAUUUAUUAAUGGUGUUAAUGAGACCGCUUCCGUAUUCACAAAUUUACAAAUACGUCAUCCAUGAAAACGGGAAAAAUCAUGUUAUUAAUAGCGUGCUAAAUUUUGUAGUGUGAGGUAAGGCGUGGUGAAAGCUGGUGGUGUAUUGUCCCUUCGCCCUCAGACGCCACAAUUCAGCCGAUCCCUGUCAUUAGGUUAGCAUUGUUGUAAGAAAACAUAAGGCUCAACUCCAGAUCAUUCAGCUCAAUUGCACUAUGAUUCUGAAUCUCGCAAAAAUAUUUGCUUCUUGGUACAAGUGGUCCAUCUCUCCUCUCCUCGUCACUCUGACAACAUCGUGAGUGGUUGCGACGUCCCUGAAAGUCUCCAGACAAGCGAGCGUUUCACGUUACAUUUCAUUAUCAAAAUUAUCCACAAUAAUGUGAGCAUUCGUGGGAAUCUGAACUCUAGUUUUGUAAAAUAAUUUGACCUUAGUUGUUGUUGUGUAGGUUAUUGUUGCUAUUUUGGUCUUUGGUGUAAUUCUGGCAAAUCGUAAGGAAAUUCAUGUACGGUCGCGUCCCAGAAACUCACUGAUACAGCCGCCCUUUACUUACGCCUUUUAUUGGAUUCUGAACAUAGUAUGUAGUCGUGCAUUCACAACUCGUGGCGUCACUGUUGCAGAAAACCUUGUGUUUCCUUUCUUGCGACACACUCAGUCAUCUGUUCCCUCUCACUGCAGUCAUCUUCAACACCAGAGACAAUUUAUUCUUACGCUAAUGUCUUCUUCUUCUUCUUCUUCUUCUUCUUCUUCUUCUUCUUCUUUCUUUCGUUCUUUUCCCUCAGACUCACGUAUUUUAUUCUGAUAUUUUCCCUAUCAUAAGCUAGACCUUCAUGCAUUUUUUUUUAUCGACAACGUUCCAGAAUAUAUAAACAGAGCGAUUGGAGACUAAACUGUUCUUCAUCGAUGAGUAUCAAAACACAAGGCAAGAACGAUGUAGGUAUAUUUUGUGUCUUCAUAGAAAAGAAGAAAAAGGGACUAACUGAUAAUACCGAGACAUGGAAGUACCAACUAUAGAAUUGAAAAGUUUUGUUGAAAUGCUGGUAGUACUUACUCGUACCUCAUCCUUUCUGUGCUUGCUACUCUAGGUAGUUAAAUUCCUGCCAGGCUGUGUCGCAAUCUGGCCUCUAGGUGACGCUUCUUUUAGUCACAAGUUCACUUCAAAAAAAAAAAAAAAAUCAUUAUUCGAAUUUAUUCCACGAAAAAAGAAAUUCGAAUUUGUUUUAUGAUGAAGGUUUUUUCAGUCGUUGCACGAGAUGUGUACACUAGUUGUUGUUGCUGUUUUUAAUUUUUUUUAUAUUAUUCAUUAAUCUUCAUUUAUUUGUUUACUUAUUUGUUUAUUUAUUUAUUUAUGCAUUUAUUUAUUUAUCUACUUGUUUAUUUAUCUAUUUCCUUAUUUACUUACUACUUAUUUCUCUAUUCAUCUGUUCAUUCAUUCACUGAUGAGAUGAAGGUUCACUCGUCAACAUCGAGCAUUUUUCUUAUUUGGCAUUUGUUUCUCUCCUUUUGUGUUUGCUUUCUUCAUUUCCUCAUUGUCACUUUUACUAAUGUACAGUAUCGGGGAGCCCUGGACCACCUGGGUUCAUGUAGUUAUUAGAAACUGUGAACUGUGUGUGUGUGUGUGUGUGUGUGUGUGUGUGUGUGUGUGUGUGUGUGUGUGUGUCCAUUUGUUAAUAUAUACAUAAGACAAGUAGUGACUCA